ACUCUAAUUGUGGAUGUUCCCCCGGCCCCAUAUAUAUCCGUAUCCAUUGCUAAGUUAAGAAACACAGCUAGCUAACCAUGUCUGAUGCACUGUCCAUAGGAACUAGGCAUACGUCUGUACUCUACUCUGAGGCAUCUGCAGCAUCUUCUAAGGAAGCCCAUUUUGUGCGUCAAGACAGCAUGGAGUCACUCGAUCAAGACUGGGCCUUCGUAUCCGCUUCAAACUCACCCAACUCCAUUGUCAGGUCAGUAACACCGGAGCCCUUUGAUACAGACUCAAUAGACUUCAGCGACCAUGGGAAAAAGCCUAAGAAAGAUAAGAAAAAGUUUGGAAGUAUGUUUAGAAGACACAAGAAGCACAAGGACAAACAGCUGGACUCACCCUCCCAUAAUCUAGGAGUUAGCAUCGGCACAGCUGAGACCCAGCAGUCAUUCUCUAGCUCGAAACUCAAGAGAUCGACCACAGGACCCUCUCAUCAGUACCUCACUCCACCUAUUUAUCAUCGACGGAAGUCCUCUCCCAGUUCCAGCCUGCCAGCCUCGGAUCGGGAAGAUGGCGAUUUCAGUGAUGCUAGCUACGAUGAUGAGUUUAUAGCCACCCUCCUCAACCCGUCUUUGGCUGUGGCAAACCGACAAAAAAUGUCCACCAAGAGCCUAUCUACACCGGAGAUCAGACCUGACUCACGUUUGAGCACGGGCAGUGGCGUGGAAUCAGAACCGGCAGAGACCGAAUCGAAAACAUACAAUGUAACUGUAACCCUCCAUUCUGGAAACAAUCUAGCCAUCAGAGACAGAACAGGUAGCAGUGACCCGUAUGUGAAACUCAAGUGUGGCCAUUUCAAAUAUCGGAGUGCUGUUGUGCAUCGGAGUCUGAAUCCAGAGUGGAAUGAAACAUUCUCGUUCCGGACGUCGGACUUGAGCACUCCUCUCGUGGCCCGUGUGUUCGACCAUGAUUUUGGCUCGCUGGAUGACUACAUGGGAGGGCAGUCUCUCAACCUCCAGGCCUACACAACUUCCGAAGUGCAGAUUGUUGAUCUUGGGCUGGAGGACCCAACGGCAGCAGCUAAAGGAGAGAACCUCGGCUUUAUCCGACUCUUCGUACAGGUUACUAUGGUGACAGAGGGGGAUUCCCAUGACGACAAGCGGACAGCUGGGACUAAACCGUCCAAGAGCAUUCAAGUUUGGAAUGGAUUAGUCACUGUAUUACUAGUGGAGGGUACCAACCUACCAUCUAUGGAUAGUAACGGAUUCUCGGACCCUUACUGCAAGUUGAAGCUUGGUAAACAAUCUUGUAGGAGCAAAACCAUUCCCAAAUCCCUCGACCCCAAGUGGAUGGAGCGUUUUGGCCUGAGGCUGUUCGAUGGCUCCACCACCAUGCACAUCGAGGUGUGGGACAAAGACUUCCCACGAUCCGAUGACUUUAUUGGGAGUUGCACUGUGGAACUGUCCUCUCUGAAGCAAGAGGUGACCCAUCGUCUCACACUGGACCUAAGCGGGGGUAAGGAUCAAGGCUCCAUCACUCUCCUGGUCACCAUCACGGGCACUAAGAUCACCGAGUCUCUCUCUGUGGAUAUGGGAAACAUGGCAAAGAAAUAUAAUCUGUUGAAAAGUUUCAAACUUCGUCGCCGUGAGCGAAAAGAUGUCGGAUACCUUCGAGUUAGAGUGGACCGUGCCGAGAACCUCCCAGUGGUGGACACCUGUGCAGCCGUAGAGUUGGGCAAUUCAAUGAGAAUAACUCAAACAGUCUACAAAACAACCAAUCCUUCUUGGGACAAAACUUUUGAAUUUAAAGUGGAAGAUAUUCACGAUGAGCUGGAGGUGACCUUGUAUAAAGAAUCUAAGAAAAUUGGGAAAGUCAAGAUCCCCUUGCACUCUGUACAGUCAGGUGUGUGCCUGGCCUACCCACUCAAGACUAAGAACUGUCUGGAGAGAGCCAAGGGAGUCGUAUUUGUGGAGUGUGAGCUCGUCUAUAACCCCCUGAGGGCGGCCAUCAGGACCAUCAACCCACGAGAGCACAAGUAUUUAGAAGCAGAAGAGAAAUUCAGUCGAAAAGUGCUAAUGAACAACAUUAGUCGAGUGACGCAGCUGAUCCGGACCAUAGUAGCCACUGUGGAGCUAGUCAAGAGCUUCUUCUCUUGGGAGGACAAGAUGAAAAGCUCUUGUGCUUUUAUAAUAUUUGUGAUAGCCACGAUAUUUGGUGACCUCUGGAUGGUGUUGGUGGCUGGCUCCAUAGUGUUUGGCUACUGCUACAUGGUGGUGUACAUCCGAGGCAAGCAUGUGUGGCAGCACAUGUCCUCUCAGAACAGCAGCAAGUCUCUCUCAGUUGCAUCAGAUGAUCUAGACGGAUUCUCGGACUUUUCCGAUAUUGAAGAGGAUCUGAACAGUAACAAAGGACGAACCAAUUUAAGGGAAAAGUUCAAGCAACUGCAGGAGAUAUUGCUGAUUGUGCAAACAGUUCUCGGAACUGCUGCAGACAUGGAGGAGAGAGUGAAAAAUUUGUUUCUUUGGAGUGUGCCGUUUCUGUGCUGGAUGGCUAUUGUUAUAUUAAUGGUGGCAGCUGUCGUUGUCUACUUUGUUCCCCUCAGACUUAUCAUCUUGGUGUGGGGCGUCAACAAAUUUUCUAAACGUCUCCGCAAUCCGAAUUUUGUUGACAACAACGAGAUCCUGGACUUUCUCUCUCGCUCCCCUACCAACAAACAGCUAGACCAAUAUCGACGCCUCACAACACACCUCUCAACCGUCAACAAGAAUAAGGCUCAAUCCAAGAAACAAAAGAGCACAGACAAAGACAAAAAGAAGAGAUAGAAAUACAAGGUCACAUCACUGGACUACUAUCUCUAAUAAAGCACAACCAUUAUUGUUUCAGCAGCAAUCUCAAAGAUUGUGAAUUUUUAUAUAUUUUCUAGUACUAACCUCUUCGGAAUCAAUUAUGUUUGUACACGUAUGCAAAAAAAUUAUCGAUUCCAGCAAAAAGAA